CAGAAACAGACAUGGCUGAGGAGUUACCUCUAUGCUGCUGCCGUAUGGAGACUCCUCAUAUUGGAGGCAGCGUUUCUGCAUUGGAUCAGACCUGCAUGGCCAUGGAGAGCAUCGAUGGAGUGCUGAGUCGUUGCCAGAGGCGAGCGAUGAAACAGGAAAUGAUGCGACCCUCCAACACGGUUCAUUUACUGGUUUUGUGUGAGGACCACCGGGCUGGCAUGGUCAAGCACCAGUGCUGCCCUGGCUGUGGACUCUUCUGCAGGGUGGGCACCUUCAUGGAGUGUAGGCCAUACGGUAGCAUCUCCCACCGCUUCCACCGUGACUGUGCCUCCAUCUUGAAGGAUCACAGGUUUUGCCCCCACUGUGGAGAAGAUGCUAGUGGGGCGAAGGAGGUCACGGUGCUAAAGACUGAUCUGUCACCCUCUGUACCCAGAUUCAACCCUGGGUUGUCACUCCCUGCUGUGCCCACUAUGGCCACCCUGCCGUCAGUACCAACUGUGCCUGAUGUUCCACAGAUACUCAGAGCUAAGAAGACCAGCGAGCCACAGAGGAGCAGAGACGAGAGCCCGAGCAGGUUAAAGGGUGAGGGUGUGUGUGCUGCAGACAGAUUACCUAAAGAGUCACUAGAGAGUAUCCUGAUGGCACUGGAUGAUGAGAACUUGAAACCAAAAAAAGUGAAGUACCCCACCAGGCAGCUGUACACCUCUGCAAAACAAGGGGAUCUCCAGAAGGUCGUUCGCCUCCUUGUUGAUGGGAAGGACCCCAACUUUUUAAUGGAGGGCCAAAAUAAACGCACCCCUCUUCAUGCAGCAGCUGCUGAGGGUCACCAUGAGAUCUGCCACAUGCUGGUCCAGGCCGGUGCUAACCUGGACAUGUUUGAUGAGGAGCAGAGAACACCGCUGAUGGCGGCCUGUGAGAACAACCAUCUGGAGACAGUGAAGUACUUGAUCAGAGCUGGAGCAGCUGUGAGCCACAAGGAUAUCAUGGGUUUCACCUGUCUGCAUCUGGCAGCUAAACUGGGACAUUAUGAGAUAGUCCAUCAUCUGCUCUCCAAGGCAUCCAAACACAUCAAUUGUCAGGAUGACGGGGGUUGGACUCCUAUCACCUGGGCCAUCGAAUAUAAACACAAGGAGCUGGUCCAGCUGCUGCUGGCCAGAGGUGCUGACGUUAACAUCAGAGACAAGGAGCAGAAUGUCUGCCUGCACUGGGCAGCUCUGUCGGGCUGUGAUGACAUUGCCCAGUCUCUGCUGGAGGCCCGAUGUGACCUCAACGCUAUCAAUGUUCAUGGUGACUCACCACUUCACGUUGCCGCCAGAGAGAACCACCUGGAGUGUGUGAUGUUGCUUCUGUCUCGUGGAGCUGAUGUCACUCAGAGGAACAGGGACGGAGAGACAGCUCUGGACUGCUGCGUCCACGGCUCCAAGGUGUGGCUGGCUCUCAACACCAACAAGAAGCUGACUGAUGCCAGGAGAGGCAGGGACUGUCAUGGAGAAAGAGUGCUCAGCAGGGACAUUUCUCGGGGGUAUGAGGCAGUUCCUAUCACCUGUGUUAAUGGUGUCGACAACGAGUCCUGCCCCGAAAACUUUAAAUACAUACCAGACAACUGUGUCACCUCCCCACUGAAUAUAGACAAGGACAUCACUCGCUUACAGCACUGUAGCUGUACAGAUGACUGCUCAUCCAGUACCUGCAUGUGUGGCCAGCUCAGUCUGCAAUGCUGGUAUGACAGUGAAGGUCGACUACCACUGGACUUCUGUCAACGUGAGCCCCUGGUGCUGUUUGAGUGUAACCACGCCUGCUCCUGCUGGAGGACCUGCAGGAACCGAGUGGUCCAAAAUGGACUGAGAGUCCGGCUGCAGCUCUUCAGGACACAGAAGAUGGGCUGGGGAGUGAGGGCCUUGCAGGAUAUCCCUCAAGGAACAUUCAUUUGCGAAUAUGUCGGAGAGAUCAUCACAGAUGCUGAGGCUGACAAAAGGGAGAACGAUUUUUUCCUUUUUACCCUUGACAAUAAGGUAGGAGAUGUACACUGUAUUGAUGCGAGACUCUUUGGCAACAUCGGCCGCUUCAUUAACCAUCUGUGUGAGCCCAACCUGCUGGCUGUGAAGGUGUUCACCAUGCACCAGGAUCUCCGCUUCCCUAGGAUAUCCUUCUUCUCCAGUAGGCCCAUCAAAGCUGGAGACCAGAUAGGGUUUGACUAUGGCGAUCACUACUGGAGGGUGAAGAGCAAGUACUUCAGCUGCCAGUGUGGUUCUCUCAAGUGUCGCUUCUCAGCUGCUAGUAGAUAGAAACUCACUGAUGACAACUGAUCCCCCUCUCUGCCUGGACACAUUCUCUUGGUUUUCCCUCUCUAAUAUCAGAAGCAGUGUAUUCUGAGCCAGAUGCCAUGUAAGUGAUUCUUUGUUUAGGUAAAUGCAAGGGGAUUUUCUGGUAUUCACAUUCAUAGUUUAUUGCAGCAAAUGAAAGAUAAACACUAUUAAAAUCUGUCAUCCCAGAAUACAGGGCGUAACUUAUUUUACACCUAAGAAGGCUAACUUUUCUAUAUCUAUGAAGAACACUGUAGCUUGCAACCAGCCAGAAAAACCAUGUGAGAGUCAGUGCAACUAGCUUUAAAGAGACAACAAUUUUAUAAAAAUUCUAACAGAUGAUUUUAACAUACAUAACUUCUUCUUUUAAUACUGCAAAUUAUUAUAUUUGUGAAUUAGUGAGAUAAAGUAGUUUCUGGUAGUUUGAUCUUUUCUGUGAAAAUGUUUUUUACUACAUGUCUAAUUAGCAAUUAAAUACUUUUUAAAACAUCUCUUUGUGUAGUUUUUUACUGGUGAACAUUAGUUGACAAGAGAAAGUAGAGGUAGAGCUUCUUUCUUUGCAUAGCCAUUCAGACACAAGAGCAUUAGUGAGAUCUAAUGCUGAUGUUUGGUGAGAAGGCCUGGCUCACAGUUGGUGUUCCAAAUUUAAAAAACCAUACUUUGUCAUUGCCAUUUUGAGGGAAGGGAAA